GCGCAGUCGGUUUUUUUUGGUUAGUGUCUGAAAUCUGUCAGAUCAGCGGUGCGUACAUUCCCCUAAUACCUUCAAAUAUUUCUCAGUAGUUUCGUCCCAGACUGAAAGCUCGAGCUUAGAGCCAAGCCUCAGGUGUCAUCCGAGUGAUAUUCUUACUUAGGACGUCCGUGGUCGAAGGAAAACAGCCAAGAAUGACGAGCAGUUCAAAGCGGAAAGAAGAAAGUCAUCUGCUGAAUGGGGGUGUAAAACAGUCCACAUGGAGCAAAGCCUUCAACAGUAACGCAGUUUGGGAAGAGAAGGACGAGUUUUUAGAUGUCAUAUACUGGCUUCGGCAAAUUAUUGCAGUAAUCCUUGGUGUGAUAUGGGGUGUCGCACCGUUGAAAGGUUUCCUUGGAAUAGCCAUAUUCUGCAUCAUCAAUGCUGGGGUCCUGUAUGUAUACUUCAGCAGCUUUCAGCAGAUUGAUGAGGAGGAGUAUGGUGGCACGUGGGAACUCACCAAAGAAGGCUUCAUGACAUCUUUUGCUCUGUUUCUGGUGGUGUGGAUAAUCUUUUACACAGCUCUACAUUUUGACUGAAAGGAACCCAUGGGACACUAAAAUAAAAACAAACAUUUCUGUUGAAGUCAAUCGUCAAGACGGAGGAACUCCAUGGCUUGGGGAUGUGAUCACUCCUACAUACAGUAUGACUUUUCAGUGUGCAGUGUAUCAUGGGAAUCCUAGUUUGAAUAGCGAAAUCCAGCAACACCACCAUGAUGAACGUGUUAAAUACUGUACAUCUGUCAAAUGUGGGGGGUUCCUUUCAAAGCUCCCUCCAUUACAAGUCUCAUAACUGUUAUAUUUUUUUCCUCACUUCCUUGCCAUCACCUCUGAAAAACACAAAAUCUGCUGAUAUUUGUUGCAGUUGUAUGGAUAUAAAUCUAAGGAGGGAUUGUUUUGUAUUUGUUGGUUUCUUCUUUUUAGGAGAGAAACAUGUAUAGAUGUUAGACUGUAAAGAUAACAAGCAUGAUCAGUAUUAAUCCUAAUUUAUGAGAAAUAAAACCAGGCAAUAGAAUCAAGCUUUGUCAGACAGUCGGCAGUGUUCAGUACAGUAGUACUGUGUUCCCUUGUAAUUUAAGGACACAUGCUCCAUGAUAGAUGUAUAGAACUAAAUGAUCUGUACUAUGCCACCUUCUAAUCAUGUUCUUUAUACUUACUCCACACUUGCUUUUUCAAAAAUGAUCUGAAUCUAAUGAUUACUGGCAUUACUGGCUCCAAAAUGUGUCUUAGCUGUAAAAGCUGGAGUCUGUUGUCAUUAUAUUUUUGCAUAUAUGAUUCCAUCAGUCUUUUUGAUAAAAAUUCUAGACUAUUAUUUCUUCUAAAUGCUCUGAAACCCAACAAAUAUGAAAAAAUGCUGCAGCUAACAUCAGCGGAAAUGUAACUUGUGCUAAUUUUAACAUCAUGAAAGAAAAUGCUGGUGAUACACAUAUCUGCUGAUAUCCAAUCCCAAUGCAAGUGUCUACCAGUCGUUUCAACACUACUACUUCAGUCAGAAAUGAAUAACUAUCUUAAGUCAAAUACUUUCCUCAAAGCAAAAGGGAGGACACGUGCAUGCCAUUUUCAGAUGCAAAUGUUCACAGAUUCAAGCUAAAAACCAAUCUGUGCACUGCCAUGACUUGCUGUUGGUACAUUUAGAUGUCUUUUACUGAUGGCGUUAGUAAGGAGAGUGUGAUUAAUUUAAAUUUAAUAUUAGUUUCUCACAUGUAGCUUCCAGAUCAAAGUCUUACCUGUUGUUUUUGAAGUUAAUUUAAACUUGUCUGUAAAUUAUGUACAAUGUCCCUUUGUCAAAUCCACCUUGUAUUAAGCAGAUUUAUUUGUACUUAUGUUAUAUCUUGUUUGAUGUAACAUAUUUCUCAGUAUUUUAUAGUGAAGAACUUUUAAAGCCAGUGCUCGCAAAGGUUCUUGUUAUGAUACUGUUAUAUUAGAUACGCAGCUGGUGUUUGAGAGGAUUGUAUUUUCUGAUCAAAUUUUUUGGGAAUCAUUAAACAUGGGCUUUAUUUGGCCUCCAUUUUCAAAGA